AUGGGUAACGACGGCGGCUCCAUCCCCAAGCGCCGCGAGCUCGUCAAAGAAGCCGCGCGCAACCCGACAGUAAGCGAGCUGAAAGCGACCAUCUUCGAAUCGCUCAACCACGCCUGGACGCACGACCCCAUCUCCUCGGAGCCCAUCGAUCUCGAGACCGUCGUGUCUGACUGGCGGGGGCGUCUCUACAACUACGAAUCCAUCCUCAAGGGACUUACCACUACUACUACACCCGACGAUGUCGAAACCACAUAUGAUAACAACAGCGGCAACGGCAACGGUGAGUCGGCAACAACAGGGCCAACCAUCUUCGCAACCGAGCUAAGCUUCGCCUCCACGGGCAUCAAAUCCCUUCGCGACGUGGUCAAGCUCAAGUUCAAGCGCUAUACGCCACCUGGCAACACAAAAGAGAAGAAAAAGGAGAUAUUUGCCUGUCCCGUCACGCUGAAAGAGCUAGGUAGCGCGUCGACGAAAUCCGUCUAUCUGGUCCCCUGCGGCCACGUGUUUGCGGAGAUGGCGAUACAGAUGAUUACAGAGCCCCAGAGUACAGAUGGUGCAACAACAGAGGAAAAGGAGGCAUGCCCGGAGUGCAGCGAGCCGUUCAACAAGUCGCAAGACGUUAUCCCGAUCUUGCCGACCGACAAGGCGGAGAUCAACCGGUUAGCGAAGCGGAUGGAAGAUCUGAGGGCGAAAGGGUUGACGCAUAGCUUGAAAAAGGACAAGAGCGCGAGCAAGGAGAAGAAGAACCAGGACAAGAACAAGAGCAAGAAUAACAAGAAGCGCACGGCUGAUGAGGCUAAUGGUGCCAACGGCGGUGACGCGGAAAAGGAGAAGGAGACCAAGAAGGCAAAGAAGAGUGCUGGUGAUAGUAUCUCUAGCCGGGUGAGUGGCAUCAACAAUCCCGCAACGGCGGCGCUCACUGCUAGGGUAUUAGCGGAUCAGGAUGAAGCCAUGAAGCGACGGAAACUAGCUGCUGCUGGACUUCGAUGA